UUCAGAUCGAUUUGUUUAGAUGGAACGGAUAUUUUAUGAAUCGUUUUCCAUUGCGACCAACAAGUAAUUUGAAGAAAGUUAACAGAAUACUGUGCACAAUCGUUUCGUAGAUCUAAUUUGUGUAUAUCUAAUUUGUGUGUUGUGUCAUUAACUUGAGCACGUGGAGCAAAAGUCACGCUUAGCAUUGCAAACAGAAAGCAACAAAGCUUACAUUCAUCCCCCACCCGUGUGCCGUGUUGGGAAUCCUUUAUCAAUUAUGGUAUACCAAGCCUCGUUUGCCGUUUAAUUCAGACCGAGGCCUAUCGUGGAUUAAACGAUGCGCCAACGCGUUUUGGAGCUAGGCAAACAUGAAAGCUUACAAAUAUUUACUGCUUCUUGCGGUGACAUCCUUUUUACUCCUGUGCUACUACAUCUACCGAGUGGGCAAUGCUCCCACGUACGGCGAACCGGAUUUGGUUAACCAGGCUUUUGGGGCAGCAAAUAAGCUUGUCGCACAGAGGAAACCGUCGGAAGAUGUUCUACCAAAUGGGACGGAAAUAGCAGUGGUGGUCGUUGCGUGCAACGAGCGGCACAACGAAGCACUGAACAUGAUUAAAUCCGCGAUAAUGUUCAACCGCAAUCGAGCUCCGUUGCGGUUUGUCAUAAUUGCGGAGGAGAAGCUGAAAAUAAACUUCAUGGAAAAGCUUAACGAUUGGCAGGAGCUUACGGAGCGCAUAUUUACAUACGAAAUCCAUUCAUUAACAUUUCCUCGCGCCAAUCAAUACGAAUGGAGGAAACUUUUUAAGCCAUGCGCAGCGCAGCGCCUGUUCCUUCCUUCGCUUCUGACACAUCACGAUGCGGUGCUGUACGUAGAUUCCGAUACAGUAUUUCUGUCUCCGGUGCAAGAAAUAUGGACACUGCUGCAGAACUUCAACGCAUCCCAGUUUGCCGGCAUGGCACCGGAACACGAGGACAAGAAUGCGGGAUGGUACAAUCGCUUCGCCCGACAUCCGUACUACGGCGAGCUUGGUGUAAAUUCCGGCGUGAUGCUGAUGAACCUUACUCGAAUGCGCGAGUUCCGCUGGGAGGAGCACAUACUGCCAAUCUUUCGUGAGUAUCGGCUGCAGCUCGUGUGGGGUGACCAGGACAUUCUGAACGUGCUCUUCCACUACCAUCCGGAUCGGUUGUUUGUAUUUCCCUGCGAAUGGAACUAUCGGGCCGACCAUUGCAUGUACAUGAGCGUGUGCGAAGCGCCGGACGGUGUGAAAAUCAUCCACGGCAACCGAGGGUACUUUCACUCACGGGCGCAGCCCAUUUUCAACCUUAUCUACACGACCAUAGAAGAGUAUACCUUCCGCAGCGAUGUCUAUGGUAACUUUAUCCGCACAAUCGAAGAAUCACUGGUGCUACCAAGUAACUCGAACUGUGAUAAACUUUUGGACAAAUUUCUUCAGGAUCCUCGAAAAUACUUCAAGGAAAAUCAGUACGACGAUAUGGCUCAGCAGUGAGCGUUGAUACGUAUAGUUAACGAUAUUAUUUCUCAACUCUCAACCACCCAACUUUGACUCGAACUCGCAACGUCCAUUCCGAGGUACAUACUGCCAGGGAUAACUUAAGAGAUAAACGACCAAUCGGUAUGGAGGGGAUUUCAUUAGUUGGUAGCGAACAAUAUCAUACGAACAAAAGUAGUGUUUUCGAUGUAAGUAGUGUAGUAUAAAAUAAUGAAUGUGUGUAAAUAAACAUGAUA